AUGGCCGCCGACAAUUCGACGAAUCGCGCAACCCCCCAAGGUGGCAUCCUGGAAGGGGGAAACCCGUCGCACUAUGAUCCCAAAAACCCCGUCGUGAUAUUCAUCAUUCAGGCUAGUAUCAUCAUCAUUCUGUGUCGCGCGCUGCACUGGCCGCUAUCUAAAAUUCGCCAACCUCGCGUCAUCGCCGAAGUCAUUGGUGGAGUGAUUCUUGGCCCCUCCGUCAUGGGACGCAUCCCAGGCUUUACGCAGGCAAUCUUUCCGCAAGCCUCAAUCCCCAAUCUGAACCUAGUGGCGAACCUGGGACUUAUUUUGUUUCUGUUCCUCGUCGGUCUAGAGACCGACCUGCGAUUCUUGUUCAGCAAUUGGCGCGUGGCUAUCAGUGUCUCGGCGGCGGGAAUGAUAUUGCCAUUCGGCUUUGGUUGCGCCAUCUCGUACGGUCUUUACCAUACUUUCCGCGAUGAGCCCGGUACCGUCCAUAUUAAUUUCGGUACCUACCUACUAUUUAUCGGUAUCGCCAUGGCUAUCACCGCAUUCCCGGUCUUAUGUCGGAUUCUCACCGAGCUAAAACUGCUUGGAACGAAUGUCGGCGUGAUUGUGCUGUCUGCUGGUGUCGGUAACGAUGUGGUCGGCUGGGUUCUUCUUGCGCUCUGCGUCGCAUUGGUCAAUGCCGGGUCAGGAUUAACGGCCCUCUGGGUUCUGCUCGUCUGUGUGGGAUACGUUCUGUUUUUGUUCCUCAUCUUCCGCCCCUUGUUCAUGCACUUCCUCAAGAAGACGGGAAGUCUCCAAAAAGGUCCCAGCCAAUCGGUGGUCGCUCUCACCCUUCUUAUCGCCUUGGCCUCGUCUUUCUUUACUCAGGUGAUCGGUGUCCAUGCGAUCUUUGGUGGAUUCCUCAUCGGUCUCCUCUGUCCCCACGAAGGUGGGUUCGCGAUCAAAUUGACGGAGAAGAUCGAGGAUCUGGUUGCGGCCCUUUUCUUGCCCCUGUAUUUCACCUUGUCUGGCCUCCAAACCAAUUUAGGACUGCUCGAUAACGGCACCGUUUGGGGUUAUGUGAUUGCCAUUAUUGCGAUUGCCUUCAUUGCCAAGGUUGUCGGUGGCGCGCUGGCAUCCCGCCUUUGCGGCCUCCUCUGGCGUGAGAGCUUUUCUAUCGGUGUCUUGAUGAGUUGCAAGGGUCUCGUAGAAUUGAUUGUCUUGAACAUUGGUUUGCAAGCGAACAUUCUAAGCACUCGAACCUUCACCAUGUUUGUUGUCAUGGCAUUGGUGACGACUUUCGCGACGACCCCGUUGACCACUACCUUGUAUCCGAAAUGGUACCAGAUCAAGGUCGACCGCUGGCGCCGUGGUGAGAUUGACUGGAAUGGAAACCCUAUCCAGUCUUCGUCGCGCGUGGAUAGUGUCGCGAUUGCCAAGGAACAGCUUCAGAACAAUGCGAUUCGGAGGCUUCUUGUCUACUUAAGGCUCGAUGGCCUGUCCAGUAUUUGCACAGUAGCUGCUCUUCUCGGGCCCAGCUGUCUAACGCAGCCUCCUCUGCCUAAAGUCCAUCCGGACAAGAGAAGGUCUCAAACAAUGUCCUCGGAGCCAGCGGUUGAAGAAUCUGCCGCAACGGAGGUUGAAGAUGCCCCCGCGCUGCGAGUGCAUGGGGUUCGGUUGAUGGAACUGACGGAUCGUGAUUCCAGUGUCAUGAAAGUAUCGGAGAUCGACGAGUAUACUCUGUGGGACCCGGUGGUCAACACUUUCCGUGCCUUUGGCCAGUGGCAUGACAUGUCAAUCAUGGCAGGCGUGUCUGUGGUGCCAGAACAUUCGUAUGCGGAUACCGUGGUAGGAAUGGCCCGGGAGGAGUCCAGUGACCUGCUCCUGAUCCCGUGGAGCGAGACCGGUGCCAUGAGCGAGCACCAAAGCGGGCUGGGUAUCGAUGAAGCGAGCCGUUUCGCAAAUGGUCCAUACACCGACUUUGUGUCCAAUGUGAUGUGUCAAUCCUCAUCCAGCGUGGGCGUGCUCAUUGAACGCAGCGUCUAUAGCCGCCAGUCACGUCGGUCUCUGCUGGCAAAGCGAUCCCUUGGUGCAAUGAGCGUACGUAGCUCUGUCUGGAACAGCGCGCCGGCGGCGGCACGCUCCCACCACGUCGUCUUACCUUUCUUCGGCGGUGACGAUGAUCGGUUUGCGGUGCGCUUCGUGUUGCAACUCGCCCAAAAUGACCAGGUGACCGCCACUAUUAUCCACAUUGAUGUGACACCGUCCCCACAGCGAGUCUCGGAAGGGGAACAGAGUUCACCCAGUGAGACCACCAGAGACAAGUCCUCAAGUCACGUCAAGACGACCGUCCCGACGUCCGAAUCGGACGGGAUCUAUUUCAGCGCGAUGAAGGAAUCGCUAUCCGAAGACCUGGCUUCCCGAGUUGUCUUCCACCGCAUAUCGCCGCACAAAGACACCGCGGAUGCCGUGAGCCUCGCUGUGACCGCCGUGAAGGAGGAGAUGGGUAAGAUUCAGCAAAAAGCUGGAAACCUCGUCGUGGUGGGACGACAUAACAACCGGGUGGAUCUGGCCGACCCUAUUGGAUCGUCGCAGGGAGAAAUUGGUUCUGAAGCGAGCCGGGUUCUGGGAGCCGUCGCACAAGCGAUGGUUCGCACAGAGAACAGGAUUGUUGGUGAUGUCCUUGUUCUGCAAGCUGGUCUCAGCGGUGCUCGGUAG